GGUUAUAUUAACAGCAGCAUAACUUGAUAUAGCAUCCACACAUCUGAACGAAGCCGCACCAGAACAAGAUACAAGAUGGCUAGCAAGGCUCUGGAAAGAUACUUCUCCCUGGAGGGACGGACAGCGGUGGUAACGGGCGGCACCCGGGGCAUCGGGGCAGACAUGGCGAUUGCUCUGGCAGAGGCAGGGGCCGAUAUUAUACUGAUUCAGCGCGAUGAAAGCAACACCGCUACGAAGCAGACAAUCGAAGGCCUAGGAAAAAAGGCCUGGAUCUACACCUGCGAUCUAGCAUCAGACCAGGACGUCUCGGGGCUGACCGCUAGAAUCCUCAAGGACAGUCAUGAUCCUAGCAUUCUGGUGACUUGUGCUGGUAUCCAGAGACGGCAUCCGAGCCAUGUAUUCCCCAAGAAUGACUGGGACGAGGUGCUGCAGGUUAAUCUGUCUACGGUCUUCACGCUCUGCCGGGAUGUCGGCGCGCACAUGCUCACCCGGACGCCUGACGCGAGCGGCCACAGGGGAAGCAUUAUCAACGUUGCGAGCCUGGUGUCUUUCCAGGGUGGGCUGACUGUGCCCGCGUACGCAGCGGCUAAAGGCGGAGUCGCACAGUUGACCAAGGCCCUAUCCAACGAGUGGGCAUCCAAGGGUGUGAAUGUGAAUGCGAUGGCGCCGGGUUAUGUUGCUACAGAUAUGAAUGAGGCGCUGUUGAAGGACAAGGAGCGUGCAGCGAGUAUUCUGGCCAGGAUUCCGGCGGCGAGAUGGGGUAGCCCGGAGGAUUUUAAGGGUGCUACGAUCUUCCUAGCUAGCAAGGCCAGUUUGUAUGUAUCUGGCGAGAUUUUGACGGUUGACGGGGGGUGGAUGGGGAGGUGAUAGUGGCCUCAACCGAGGAAUGAUACUGCAGUCGGACUAUCUCCGGUGAAACUUGUAUGGAUCUGUAUAGCCAUGGAGCAGUGAUGUAUGCCAUCAAUCGAGAACGUUCAAUCCCACGCAGCGUGGGGGCUUCCUG